GCACAUGCGGCAAACGCAGAGCGGGGGAAAGGAACUUCUCUCAGCCCUGCAAACGGAUGGCUACAUUCGUGUAGACAUCGAUGCGGCUGAGGAGGCAGUGCUGGUCAAGGCGCUUGAGGAGUUCGCCGAGCGCCGCUCGUUUCGGUAUCCGCCGAUACCAGGCGCCGCUACUGCUUCCGCAGCGCCACCUACGAUGCCCCGGCCGUUUGCCCGGUGUUUCGAUCUGCUGUACAGUGUCGCUUGCACGGCUGCCCUGGUCAUGGAGGGACGUGGCCGCCGUGUCCCCAAGGCCCCGCCCUGUGGCGAUGAGGGCCGGGGGCCUUUCGAGCGCAAGGGCGGACCGUGGCCCUUCAGCAGCUCCUUCUUCAACAUCUUCAACUAUGACCAUGGUUGCCUCAACAGCCACAUUGAUCGUGGGGUCCUCACUGUCGUUUAUGGCAAGCGCACGGAGAGCGAGAGCGACGAGACCACAAGGCUUUGGAUUCGAAAGCCAGGCUCUGAUGAGCCCGGAUGGGUUGCGCCCAAGUCUGGUCAUUUGCUCCUUUGGGCUGGCGAGGGCUUCCCGGCUGCUCCUGCGGUGGAGCACA